AUGCCACCCACCACCCGGAAAGGAUUGUCAUCCCUGAAGCAACUGAGGGUUCAAUUGGACGAUUUGAAAUCCUCGUUCGAUGAUAUUUGGUCUUUCAUUCAGAAGUUUUCUGAUGAAACCACCGGUACUCAAGUCGAAGUUCGAUUAGAACGGAUCGAUGAUUUGUGGGAGAGAUUUAGUGAGAAUUUGGUCGAGCUAAAAUCUCAUGAAGACUUCGAGGAUGAGGAGAGUUAUUAUAGUAAGUUACGCAAGCACUUGAGCGAUCGCUAUUAUGAAGCCAAAACCUUCCUGUUGGACAAAAGCAAGGCCCUUCGCGUUUCUUCUGAGUUGGAACAGUCCGCCCAUGAACAAUCAAUGUCAGGUGUUGUCGGUCAUGUCCGGUUACCGCAGAUCAACCUCCAAUCAUUCAACGGUGACAUCGAUGACUGGUUGAGCUUCCGAGACCUGUUCACCUCGCUCAUCCACUGGAGGACUGAUUUACCAGAGGUGGAGAAAUUUCAUUAUUUGAAAGGGUGUCUUCAAGGUGAACCUAAAAGCCUAAUCGAUCCACUGAAAAUUACCAAGGCGAAUUACCAGAUAGCUUGGGAUAUUCUGGUAAAGAGGUACAACAACAACAAGCUGUUGAAGAAGAAGCAGGUCCAAUCUUUCUUCAAACUUCCAGCCCUCUCCAAGGAAUCUGUUGUUGAGUUACGAUAUCUGGUGGAAGGUUUUGACCGAGUUGUCCAAACACUUGAUCAAAUCGUGGAACCUGCUGAGUACAAGGAUCUCCUAUUGGUGAAUCUGCUCACGAUGCGACUCGAUCCAUCAACUCGUCGAGCAUGGGAAGAAUAUUCGGCCAACAAGGAGAUGGAUUUACUGACAGACCUCACCGAAUUUCUGCGUCAGCGAAUGCAAGUACUGGAAUCCCUUCCAUCUAGGCAGACGGACAACAAGAUCAUCCAUCAGCAACAACCACCACCGAAACCGAAAGCUUCAGCAAUCAAGGCAAGCUACAAUUCGAUUCAAUCGUCAGGAGGAAGAUGUGUGGCUUGUAAGGACAACCACCUUCUAUACCAAUGUUCCGCAUUCCAAAGACUUUCUGUGGUGGAUCGGGAUUCUCUACUGAAAUCUCAAGGACUUUGCCGGAAUUGCUUUCGAUCGGGGCAUCAGGCAAAGGAUUGCCAAUCCAAAUUUUCCUGUCGGAUCUGCAAGAACCGUCAUCACACCCUGGUUUGCUUCAAGUCGGAGAAGGAUCACACUGUAACGGUCGCAGCGAUUGCUGGGGGCAAUCAUCCUUCAAAUUCCAAGGAAUCCCAAGGCUCCUCAGGUUCCAAUUCAAUCCAACUGGCUAACGUGGCAGCCACUGACGUUUCGUUAUGCGGUACGUCUAAUCAACUCACGUCGCAAGUCCUUUUAGCGACAGCGGUAGUCAUCGUCGAGGACGACGUUGGUUCAAGGUACCACGCCCGUGCUCUUCUUGAUUCCGGUUCAGAGAGCAACUUCGUAUCGGAACGGUUAACCCAAAGGAUGAAGGUAAUCAGGAAUAAGGUCGACGUCUCGGUCCUUGGUAUAGGACAAGGGGCUACCAAGGUCAAACAUACAGUCCAAGCGGUCAUACGUUCGCGAACCUCGGAUUUCUCGCGAGAUAUGAGGUUUUUGGUGCUACCCAAGGUGACUGCGAAUCUCCCUACAACCUCAAUCAACACGGAAGGGUGGAUUCUACCGAAUGGAAUUGAGCUAGCGGAUCCUGCAUUCUUCACGUCCAAGGAAGUCGACAUGGUGCUAGGCAUCGAGGCUUUCUUCGAAUUCUUCGAAUCGGGGCGAAGGAUUACAAUCGGCAAACAUCUACCAAGCCUUACAGACUCGGUGUUCGGUUGGGUAGUAUGUGGUGGCUGUUCAACUCCUAUCAAAUCCCUACAAGUCAACUGCCAUUUCUCAACGUCCGAGGACUUGGAAAAGUUGAUGGCACGUUUCUGGUCGUGCGAGGAGGUGGAAUUCACGGACGUUUAUUCUCUGGAGGAGAAAAAGUGUGAAGAAUUAUUUCAACGUGGAGUUCAAAGAGGUCCAGAAGGUCGUUAUACUGUUCCCCUACCCAAAAAUGAAGACGUUCUUCCAAACCUGGGCGAGUCACGGGACAUCGCAUUCCGACGUCUUCUCGGAACGGAACGGAGAUUGGCAAGGGACGCCAACUUACGGGAACAAUACAUCGGAUUCAUGGACGAGUACCUGAAACUGGGACACAUGCGCAAGGUCGAAGAAACUACAGAGGGACCGGUCAAACGGUGUUAUCUUCCCCAUCAUCCGGUGGUCAAGGAGGCGAGUACCACCACCAAGGUCAGAGUAGUCUUCGACGCCUCGUGUAAAACGUCAUCCGGAGUGUCCUUAAACGAUGUGCUUCUGGUAGGGCCAGUUGUGCAGGAAGAUUUGAGGUCAAUUAUCCUACGCAGUCGGAUGAAUCAGAUUCUCCUCGUAUCGGACGUCGAGAAGAUGUUCCGACAAAUCCUUACGUGGCUCAAGGAUCGACCACUCCAGUCCGUAUUAUUUCGCUUUUCUCCGGACGAGGAAGUCGCAGUGUACGAACUGAACACCGUUACGUAUGGAACCAAACCCGCACCAUUUCUGGCAACACGAACUCUCCGACAGCUGGCUGCUGACGAAGAAGACCGAUUUCCGCUCGCGGCAAGAGAAAUUCGUGAAGACGUUUAUAUGGAUGACGUCAUCACCGGUACGGACGAGGUGGAUACAGCUAUCAGUCUCAGAAACCAGUUGAUUGAGAUGAUGCUGUGUGGUGGUUUCAAGCUCCGAAAGUGGGCUUGCAAUGUUCCCGAAGUUCUGGAAGGCGUACCCGAAGAAAACCUGGCUCUUCGAGACCCUAAAGGAAUCAACCUGGAUUCUGAUCAAUCCGUCAAAACGUUAGGACUAACGUGGAUGCCUAUUACCGAUACCCUUCGAUUCCAGUUCACAGUUCCUCCGAUAGAACCUGGUGUCCCGUUGACGAAGCGUCGAAUAUUGUCACUAAUCGCAACGCUGUUCGACCCGCUUGGAUUGAUUGGUGCCACGACUUCGUCUGCCAAGAUCUUCAUGCAGCAGCUUUGGACGUUGCAAGACGAGACCGGCAAUCGGUUGGACUGGGAUCAACCAGUACCUUUGAUGGUGGGUGAGAAUUGGCGGAAAUUUCACGAAAAACUCCCAUUGUUGAAUGAAAUUCGAGUCGAUCGCUGUGUCAUCAUUCCCAAGGCAGUACUAGUGGAAAUACACUGCUUUUCAGACGCUUCGAAUAAGGCGUAUGGUGGUUGCGUCUACAUAAGAAGUCAGGAUUCCAGCGGGAUAAUCAAGGUUCGACUCUUAUCAUCCCGAUCAAAGGUGGCUCCACUCCGUUGCCAGUCUAUCCCACGAUUAGAGCUCUGUGGUGCGCUCUUAUCGGCCCAGUUAUACGAAAAGGUCAGGGAUUCUACUCGGUUAGCGGUUCAGACUUUCUUCUGGACAGAUUCAACAUGUGUGCUGCGUUGGAUCGAAUCUACGCCAGCAACAUGGACCACGUUCGUUGCCAACAGGGUGGCAAAAAUUCAAACGCUAACGGAGGGAUGGCAAUGGAGACACGUGCCUGGUACAGACAACCCAGCGGACCUAAUAUCACGUGGAGUGUCACCCGAAGAUAUCGUCGACAAUGAACUUUGGUGGGAAGGUCCGAAUUGGCUGAAGGAGGCUCCAGAAGCAUGGCCUGGUGCGGUCGAAGAAAUCCCAGAAGCAGGAGAGGAAGAGAGGCGUCGCACCGUAGUUGCGUGUACUGUAUCACCCGUAGCAGAAUUCAACGAAGUGUAUCUCAGCAAGUUCGGAUCGUAUUCUGACUUGGUUCGACGAACAGCAUACUGGCUUCGACUCAUGAAACUCCUACGAAUACCAGCAGCAAGUCGUCCCGCAAAUGAAUUUCUCAACGCUGCAGAACUCAAAGCUGCUGAAAACGCAGUGCUCCGGAACGUCCAACGAGAGGUCUUCGCAGAGGAAUGGAAGGCUUUAUCGAAGGGAGAGUUUGUAUCGAGGAAGUCCCCUUUGAGGUGGUUUCACCCGUUCGUCUGCAAGGAUGGACUAAUCAGAGUAGGAGGUCGACUGAAGAAUUCCAAGGAAUUGGAGAGCACCAAGCAUCCUCCAGUUCUACCAGCACGGCACCAGUUAACCCGGUUGAUUCUCCGUUGCUUUCACGAGCGAUUACUACAUGCUGGUCCACAACUGCUACUGGGAGCAGUCCGGUUGCAAUUCUGGCCACUCGGUGGAAGAAAUGUAGCCAGGGAGAUAGUUCACCGUUGCGUGAAAUGCUUCCGAACGAAACCGUCCACAAUGCAGCAGUUCAUGGGUGAAUUGCCGUCAUCCCGCGUCAAUGUUUCGCGUCCGUUCACGAAAACAGGAGUAGAUUACUUCGGCCCUGUCUAUAUCCGACCAGCCCCUAGACGAGCUGCAGUGAAGGCCUACGUAUCGGUGUUCAUUUGCCUCUGUACCAAAGCAGUACACCUGGAACUGGUAUCCGAUCUUUCGACGGAUCGGUUUUUGCAAGCCUUGCGACGGUUCGUUUCACGGAGAGGAAAGUGUUCGGACAUCUAUUCCGACAACGGCACGAACUUCGUUGGUGCCCGGAACAAGCUAGCAGAACUAUACAGUUUGCUGAGCGAUCGUACCCAUCGUGACCGAGUCACUAGUGAACUGGCUAAGGACGGAAUUCAGUGGCACUUUAACCCACCUAGCGCGCCACAUUUCGGAGGACUCUGGGAGGCAGCAGUCCGGUCGGCUAAGAACCAUCUCAUCAAAGUGAUAGGAGAGACCCCAGCAUCAUCGGAAGAUUUCGCUACACUACUAAUACAGGUUGAGGCCUGUCUAAAUUCCCGUCCGUUGACACCGAUGUCGGAUGAUCCAAACGAUUUGGAACCUUUGACACCAGCACACUUUUUAGUCGGUUCUUCGCUGCAGGCCCUCCCCGACCCUGAAUUCACGACCAUUCCACCGAAUCGACUGAAUCAUUACCAGUUGAUGCAGCAAAAAUUACAGCAUUUCUGGAUUAGGUGGCGCCGCGAAUACCUGAGUCAACUGCAAGCUAGGACCAAGCGAUGGAAACCGGCAGUUCAUGUGGAGAUAGGCAAGCUCGUUGUCAUCAAGGAUGAUAACCUUCCGCCUAUGCGUUGGAAAAUGGGAAGAAUCGUCGCUGUACACCCGGGAGCAGAUACGGUAGUAAGAGUUGUAACGUUAAAGACUGCCACUGGAGAACUUAAACGUCCGGUGGAGAAAAUUUGCAUUCUGCCACUUCCAAACAGCCACGAUGAAAAUCAAUCCGAUGCAAUGUUGCCGUAA